AUGGCUCUGACUACUGUUCUCAAGGAUAUCUUGCCAUUGUUGGACAUGUCAGUUUAUUGUAACUACAAAUCAGCCUUAGAAAAAACGAUUACCUGUGUAUCGCAGUAUUGCAAAAGUGGAGCUUGUUCUGAACAUUUGAGAAUAUUUUUCCUAAAUGAGCGUAUCAACCAAUUAUUUGUCCUUGUUAUAAAAGACUGUGGCGUUACAAACGAUUCAUCCUACCCAAAAUUACCCGUACUCCUAACUCCUCCACCAUCACCUGGCAUUAGCUCGUUGUUAUGUUCUCAAUGUGGACAGUUUUUAGCACUCAUAUCUGAAACCUGUGUGUUUGUUGUGGAUGCACAGUUCGGCGCAAAAGAAUUUUGCCAGGACCAAAUUGUUCGUCCAAUAUACUGUGCUAUUGAUCUUAGAGACCUUUCCUCCAAAUCAAAAUUAAAUGACGUUAUAGUAAAGGUGCGGUGGCAUCCAAAAUCUAACAGAACAUUGGUUAUUGUAACCGAAAAUUCCUUUAUAUAUUACAUUCAUUGUGUAAAGUCCUCAGAAAAUCAAAGCAUUCGAUUCAAUUUAUGGCUUGAAGCAGAUCUUUCAGUAUUUACUCAUAGCGCUCUUGAUGCUACCUACCAGGAUAUGAAUGAUUCGGAUGAGAGUUCUUGCAAUGAAAACGAUGAUAACAGUUCAUCAGUGUCCAAUGCGAAAAUGAAUCUCAGUUUUGCUUUAGGCAGCAAGUGUGUCGACUUUGAUUUCGGUUCCCCACUAUUUAUAUCAAAACGCGGUUUAUCGGAAGCUCAAUUACAAGAUUGCUGUUUGUUCCUUCUUUACGAAACAGGUGAUGUUAUUCAAGUAUGUGGAUGCUUGUCCGUUCGUAAAAUGAAUCAGCUAAAAUGUAAUGUUUUGCACAUUUUCCCACCAUCAAUUGAUAAUUAUGGAGAUGAAUUCUGUGCUAUUCAUUGCAUUCGUCCUAUUGACAGUUCAGAAAUGUUUUCAUUUGAAAAACCUCCUGAUAUAUUAGUGUUAGCUGAUAAAAUUGGUCGUUUGCAUAAUGGUAUUGUUCUGCGAGCCAAUAUACCUGGACAGAAUAAAAACAAAAAUCAAACUACAACCCCUCCAGUUUUACUCUGUCUCGUUGAUAUUGUGGAUCUUGAUUUAAUGUCUAGUAAUAGAACAACUGUGCAACAGUGUCAUCCAAACGGUAGUAUACUUCAUUCUUCAAAUCAUUCUGAUUACAAUCAUUUUGAAUCUCCACCGUUGUCAUUAGAACCAGCCAAUCUAAAUUUUUUGGACCAUAUUGAAUAUAAUAGUUAUUCAAUAGAUGGUUCAGAUUUUGUUAAAAAUAGAAUUUUCGGCUUGAAAUAUUCACAUCAAGGAUAUUAUGUAAUUCAUCAUAUGGGCAUUCAUCUUGUUAGUCUGUCAUGGAUUGAGAAUCUUUCACUAUGGUGUAGUGAAUUUAACAGUCAACUGUUAAAUGAUUCUAAUAAAUCUCUUAUUGAAGAGAUUCGGGAUUGGCAGUCAUGUGUAAAACACCUUGUCUGUGGCCAAAUUACAAUCUCUUCCCCUGAUGGGAUGAAUGAAGAUAUGGAGGGAAAGUUUAGACUAGCUGGUUUCAUUGAACUAUCAUGUAAUUUCCUGUCAAAAAGUCAACCGAAAUCUAAAACUACAACCACAUCAGCUGAUUGUCGAUCAACUAAAGGUGUCACACUUUUGUUUAUUCGUGCACCUAUCCAACCAAUUGAUUCAACUGCCGGCAUAACUGAUUAUUCAUGUUUGGUGCAUUUCAUCAGUCUAACACGGAAACCUGAAAGUUAUACUAUGAAACAACGUUAUACUGGGUUGGAUUCAAGAACUACUGAUCAAUAUGAUUCCUGUAAUUCAACUCUCCGUUCACAUUUCACAUCUCAAAUAAAACAAGUGUUAUCGGGAGACAAUUCACAUUUUCCGAUGAUAACCGGUUUAAAUUUACAACCCGAUCUUACCCAGCAACAGCUGGUUCAAUUUUUCAUUAAGGUCUCUGAUAUACUGCGCAAAGGACCUCUAGAUCGUCUAAUGAAAGCUCGCUCAAUGAUUGAACAUCAUUCUAGACAGUUACAAGAUAUAAUUUCAGCUCAACAUUCCGAAGCAAUGAAGCUAACAUCUGAACGUCAAACUUUACAAUCUAAAGCUGAGGAGUUAGCAAAACGUCACUCUGUAAUCGCCGAGCGUCAAAGUAUGUUGGAUAAACGUAUGGCUAACUUAGCAACUCGUUUAGCCGCUUUAGGCGAAGGUCCUACUAAAGCUGAAAUCGCAAUGCGUAGUGAAGUUAUCGUAAUUCGUGAUCGUCUACACAAAGGCCUUAGGCAAUGGUUAUCGAAUCUCAAGAACCGUCGUGACAAAUUGGAAAAACAAAUACUGUUGCGCAAGAAAACAGAUAAAUCAUCUAUUCGUAACUCUCUUCCCAUAGAAAUAAUACUGAACCCGUUCAUUUGGAUUAUUUUGUACACCUAUGAACGUUGA